CAGAGUUUUCAACCCUCAGAGUCAGAGGGUCGCAGGCACGCAGCAUCUCCUUGACAAAGGAUCGCGACAAACAUACUCGCCGUUGAUGCUCAAUCAACUCCGCGAGACGCCAGUCCAAGCACCGCUGCGGCUGCCCUCGCCAAUUCCACAACCCACUCUCCAGAAACCGUCACAAGACUCUUUGACCCAUCAAAGCUUUGUGAAUUUUCAGCAACAGAGGCUUAAACCUCUGCUAAACCCUUUGAAUCAAUCCUCCUUUGAACUGAACUACCGACACAUUUGCGAGCUCCUCCUCUCCCAAACCCACUCCAGGACGCUUCCGAAGGGUCUUCAAAUCCAUGCCCACAUCAUCAAAUCGGGACUCCAGUCCCUCCCUCUUAUCUCCCACCAUCUCAUCAAUUUCUACUCUAAGACCCAACUCCCUCUCCUUUCCUGCCAAGCAUUCCAUGAAUGUUCUCGUCUAUCAUCCACUACUUGGAGCUCUAUUAUUUCCUCUUUCGCCCAAAAUGAACUACCUUGCCUUGCCAUUGAUUACUUUCGUCGAAUGCUGCAUGAUAAUGUCCGCCCUGAUGAUCAUAUCUUCCCCAGCGCGACCAAAUCGUGUGCUAUUUUGGGUCGGCAUGAUGUUGGUCAAUCCAUACAUUGUUUAGCACUUAAAACUGGAUAUGAAUUUGAUGUGUUUGUGGGCAGUUCGUUGGUCGACAUGUAUGCGAAGUCUGGGCAGAUAAAUGUUGCGAGGAAAGUGUUUGAUGAUAUGCCGGAAAGGAAUGUGGUUUCUUGGAGUGGGAUGAUAUACGGUUAUGCCCAGUUAGGUGAAGACGAAGAAGCUUUGAAGCUUUUCAAAAACGCGUUGGAGGAGGAUUUGGAUGUCAAUGAUUUCACAUUUUCGAGUGUGAUUCGGGUUUGUGGAAACUCCACGUUGCUUGAAUUAGGAAGACAGAUACAUGGGUUGUGCUUGAAAACGAGUUUUGCUUCCUCAAGCUUUGUAGGUAGUUCUUUGAUUUCAUUGUAUUCUAAAUGCGGUGUCAUUGAAGGUGCUUAUCAGGUUUUCGAUGAGGUGCCUCUCAGGAAUCUAGGCAUGUGGAAUGCAAUGUUGAUUGCUUGUGCUCAGCAUGCACACACAGAUAAAGCUUUUGAUUUGUUUGAAGAGAUGGAACGUGCGGGGAUGAGACCCAAUUUUAUCACUUUCUUGUGUGUAUUAUAUGCUUGUAGUCAUGCAGGGCUGGUUGAACAAGGGCAACAUUACUUUGAGCUAAUGAAAGAGUAUAGAAUUGAGCCGGGGGAACAGCAUUAUGCUUCCAUGGUUGACUUGCUUGGUCGUGCUGGAAAGUUGCAGGAUGCACUGACAGUUAUCAAGGAAAUGCCAAUAGAACCAACAGAAUCCGUGUGGGGAGCAUUUUUGACAGGGUGCCGAAUACACAAGGAUACGGAAUUGGCUGCCUUUGCAGCUGAUAGAGUCUUUGAGCUGGGUCCUGUGAGCUCUGGCCUGCAUGUGCUGUUAUCUAAUGCUUAUGCAGCUGCAGGAAGAUGGGACGACGCAGCAAAAGCUCGAAAGAUGCUUAGGGAUAGAGGGAUGAAGAAGGAAACAGGAUUGAGCUGGGUUGAGGAGGGAAAUAAAGUUCAUACAUUUGCAGCGGGGGAUAGGUGUCAUGUAAAAAACAAAGAAAUUUACCAGAAAUUAGAGGAAUUAGGAGAAGAAAUGGAAAGAGCUGGCUAUGUUGCAGACACAAGUUUUGUGUUGAAAGAAGUGGAUGGUGAAGAGAAGAAUCAGACUAUUAGGUAUCACAGUGAAAGACUAGCCAUCGCAUUUGGUCUCAUUACAUUCCCGCCAGAUAGGCCGAUUAGGGUUAUGAAGAACCUGCGUGUAUGUGGUGAUUGUCACACCGCGAUUAAGUACAUGUCCAAGUGCUCUGGAAGAACGAUCAUUGUGAGGGAUAACAACCGGUUCCAUCGGUUUGAGGGUGGGAAAUGCUCGUGUGGUGACUAUUGGUGACUGAAUUCUGGCUCCCCAAUUAAGCCAACUGUAUAAUGCAUUUAUUAGACAAAUGGUUACAGGGUUCCAGGUUCCAAGUAGAUAGUUCUCUCAAUUUUCAGAGAGAAAAUGGCAUGUCUGCUAUACUUGAAUAUUUUCCAUACACUUGUAUGCUUUUAUUAUUUCCUUGUCCUUCUGCAUGAAAGGCAAUAGUUUUUCCAAAGGACUCUUGUAAUGAAUCUCUUGGCUGAAUGUGGAAUUAUAAUUCUUGGUGGUAU